GAAACGAGGUACACACUACCUCAAGGUCCAGAAAGCGUAUAUCUUUGGCCUUACCUCGCGCUACAUGACGCUUGAUCACCAAGAGCGACCAACAGUGCCUUUGUGAAGCUAUGAUCAGCAUUGCACCUGCACUCCGCGCGAUGCGCAGCGGCGCGCUCCCCGGCUCGAGGCCCAGCGUUAGGCUCUGCAAUCUUAGUGCGCGUGCCUAUGCAAGCGCCGCCCGUCCAGGACCUGGGGAGGGCCUGAACAGACAUUCCAAAACCAUCACUGUUCCGAAAGCUCAAGGAGCCAGCCAAGCCAUGCUGUAUGCUACGGAGGGUAUCAAGACCGACGAGGACCUGACAAGGGCUAUGGUCGGUGUCGCGUCCGUCUGGUACGAGGGCAACCCUUGCAACUCGCACCUUCUCGAGCUCGGCCAGAUUGUCAAAAAGUCUGUCAAUGGCGCCGGAUUGACAGGAUACCAAUUUGGCACUGUCGGUGUAUCAGACGGCAUCUCGAUGGGCACGGACGCCAUGUCUUACUCGCUUCCAUCACGCGAUUUGAUCGCAGAUUCGGUCGAAUCGGCCGCUGGUGGCCACUGGCUGGAUGGAAUGGUUGUCAUUCCAGGCUGUGACAAGAAUAUGCCCGGUGUCCUCAUGGCGCUUGGUCGCCUCAACCGCCCGGGGUUGAUGGUCUACGGUGGAACGAUCCGUCCGGGUGGAUGCGCUUCUGUUCCUGGGGCGCUUGAUAUCGUUUCAGCAUUCCAAUCUUACGGACAGUACCUCAGUGAAGGCGGAACACCGGAUGCAGAAAAGAAGCGCUAUGACACCAUCAGACACGCAUGCCCUGGUCCAGGUGCUUGCGGUGGUAUGUACACUGCCAAUACGAUGGCGUCUUGCUCAGAAGCUCUGGGCAUGACUGUACCUGGCUCUUCGUCUUGGCCUGCCGAGUAUCCCGAAAAGCGUGCCGAGUGCGAGUCCGUCGGGCCUGUCCUUCGCAACCUUCUCGAGAAGAACAUACGUCCACGCGACAUCAUGACGCGAGGCGCCUUUGAAGAUGCUAUCCGCCUGACGAUGGUCCUCGGGGGCAGUACUAAUGCCGUUCUGCACUUAAUCGCCAUCGCACACAGCGUUGGUGUCAAAUUGACGAUCGAUGACUUCCAGCACCUUAGCGAUUCGACGCCCUUCUUGGCGGACCUGAAGCCAAGCGGCAAGUACGUCAUGGAGGAUGUUUGGCAAAAGCUCGGCGGCAUCCCAACCGUCAUCCAGUACUGCAUCGAGCAGGGUCUCAUGAAGGGAGAGCACAUGACCGUCACAGGUCGCACACUCGCGGAGAACGUCGAUCGGUGGACGCACAAACACGGAAAGCUGCCUGCGGGCCAGGAUGUGCUGCGGCCAGUAGACAAGCCACUCAAGUCGAGCGGCCACAUCCGCAUCCUCAAGGGAAAUCUCGCCCCUGGUGGAUCUGUUGCCAAAAUCACCGGUAAAGAAGGCACCAAGUUUGUGGGCAAGGCGAGAGUCUUCGACACAGAGGACCAGAUGGUCGAGGCUGUUGAGAAUAAGUCGAUCAAGAAGGGAGAGAAGACUGUCAUGGUCAUUCGCUUCUGUGGUCCACUCGGUGGGCCAGGAAUGAAAGAAAUGCUCAAGCCUACGUCACUAAUUAUGGGAGCUGGGCUCGGACAUGAUGUGGCUUGUGUCACAGACGGCAGGUUCUCUGGCGGUUCGCAUGGCUUUGUAAUCGGCCACGUCGUACCCGAGGCGCAAGCAGGUGGGCCGAUCGCACUGGUGCGCGAUGGCGACACAAUCUCCAUCGACGCCGAAAACAAUACGAUCGAGCUUCCGGACAUCAGUGAGGCAGAGCUGGCACAGCGACGCAAGGAAUGGAAGGCUCCGCCACUCAAGGUCUCGCAAGGGCAUCUGUACAAGUACACAAAAGUGGUCUCGGACGCGAGCCAUGGCUGCGUGACGGAUCUGUAAUAUCCUUU